AAAGGUUCAGGAUAUUUACUACCGAAUGUCGAUAUGUGAUCCCAGAAGAAUGUGAAAACGACCACUAUGUAUACCCCGACAUCAUAUAGAUCACUCAUAAAGAAGACUUUCGUGUAUAAUUCACCACCAUGAGUUUUGGAAAACGUUUAUGUACAACAUCAUCAAGAGGAUCCCGUCUUGAUAGUGAUGCCACAUCACAAGGUGAUGAAUGUGAAGAUGGAAAACAAAACCACAAGAGGGUUAACCGUAACCUCAGUGAGAAGAAACGGAGAGACCAGUUCAAUAUGUUGGUCCAUGAACUUUGUUCAAUGGUAUCAGCAACUAAUUCCAAGAAAAUGGACAAGUCUACGGUUCUUAAAUCAACGAUAUCAUAUCUCAGGAACUAUCAAGAGACGGCAGUACAGGCAAAGACACAUGAAAUCAAAGAGAAUUGGAAACCAUCAUUUCUUUCAAACGAUGAAUUCAUGCACCUUAUGCUAGAGGCACAAGACAGUUGCCUGUUAGUGUUUAAUCAACAGGGAAACAUUGUUUAUGCAUCAGAAAGUAUUACAUCUUUACUGGGACAUCUACCUACUGAUCUGGUUAAUCAACAAGUAUACGACUUCAUAGAGGACAAAGAAAGAUCUCAACUGUAUAAUCUCAUAUGCCAUGUCAGCAUGACACCAGAAAACCUCAAUGACAACCAGGUAUCUUUCUCUUGUCACUUUAAGAGAGGAUCCCUAGGACCAGACAAGCCUCCUGUUUAUGAAACUGUCAAAUUUACUGGUUUUAAACAUUGGAACAAUUUUAGUGACAAUGAAGAUAGUUGGAAUUAUGGAAUGAUGACACAGAUGAAGGACAACAUGUCAUUCUGUUGUACUGUACAGAUAGAGAAUGCUCAGUUUAUACGGGAAAUGUCCAUUAUUGAUGAAGCCAAAGCAGAAUUCACAUCAAGACACAGUCUAGAGUGGAAGUUCCUUUAUCUUGACCAUAGGGCAUCACCUAUUAUUGGAUAUCUACCAUUUGAAGUACUAGGGACGUCAGGCUAUGACUAUUACCACCCUGAUGACCUUGAUUGUUUGAGUAAAUGUCAUGAACAGUUGAUGCAGAAAGGGGAGGAAACCUCAACUUAUUACAGAUUUCUGACCAAAGGUCAACAAUGGAUCUGGUUACGGACACGUUAUUACAUUACAUAUCAUCAGUGGAACUCUAAGCCAGAGUUUGUAGUUUGUACAAAUGUUGUAGUAAGUUAUUCAGAUGUUAGAGAAAAUCUAUGGAAAGAGAUGGGAUACAAUACAGCCAAUGGUAAUACAUCAAAUGAAAGGGAGAGAAGUCCAUCUGUUUGUUCUGUUACAUCAGGGCCUAAUAUGUCUUCCUGUCACAGUGUCAGGUCUGCCUCUUCAGACAAAGCAGGUUCAUCAAAGUUAGGAGACAAUGACAACUCUCCAUCAUCAAGUGUCCCUACCAGUAAAUACAUUCCACAGACAGUCUCACAACAUCUACAACUUCUCUUACAACAUAGACUAUUACAUCAGCCAUUGAGUCAAAGUCAGGCUCCCAAUGGUCUUGUUACUAUGGAGAGUCAGCUAGGACCAACACCAUCCACAAGUACUACACAAAUGUCCCCAGAGAUCCAGCCUACAUCUCCACAGUUGUUCCUUACACCUGUACAACAACAGUUGUAUCGUCAGCUUCAGGACAAAGCUCAGCAGUUACAGUCGGCCAUAGUACGGCAACAGACAGAACUACAACAGAUAACACAGCAGUUGAGUUUCGCAAAACAAGGAGGACAUCCUGUUCCUGUUAUGUCUUCAUGUCAGCCUAUUGUGACAUCAGUGCCAGUUAGUCCUAUCAUGUUUGCCACAACAUGUGGUAUGUUACCAACUAGUCCACUUCCUUCAGUCUCAGUGCAGCAGAUUUUACCGCUUCAGCCAGUAAUGAUGGACCAUACCAUUCCAUUUCAUCAUCUUAUCUCUAAAGACAAUUCAGAUGACCCUCAGACUUAAGUGUUCAAGAAAUAAAAAAAUAAAUAUCAACAUACAUUGUAACAGCUGUAAGAUGAAAGAAUUGAAUAUUCAUGUGCAUGAAGAAGAAAAUCAUUUGUUCAGAGAAAAAGAAAAAAAGCAGUGAAAAUUGAUUAGACUCUCAAUUUUU